AUGGCUCCCCGGCCCCGGCGACGAAGGCACAAGAAAUCUUCCUCAUCAGUGGCUCCCGCAGCUGUGACCCCUCCCACAGCUGUGACCCAGCCUACAACUGUGUCCCCUGUGCCUCUGACCCGCUCAAAACCUGGCCCCAGCAUCGAUGCACUUGGCUUCUACUACUUGGACAAUAAUGUUCCUGGCCUAUCCCAGCUGAUUCUGCAGAAGCUGAACAUGAAAAGCUAUGAAGAGUACAAGUUGGUGAUCGAUGGGGAUAAGCCUGUAUCAGGCUUUGGAUUUCGAUGCCUUCGAGAAAUGUUCCAGAAGAUGGAGGACACAUUCCGAUUCUGUGCUCACUGCAGAGCACUCCCCAGUGGCCUUUCAGACUCCAAGGUCCUCCGGCACUGCAAGAGGUGCAGAAAUGUCUAUUACUGUGGUCCGGAGUGCCAGAGGUCAGACUGGCCAGCACACAGGAGGGUUUGUCAAGAGCUGUGUCUCGUGGCCGUGGACCGUCUCAUGGAGUGGCUUCUGGUCACAGGAGAUUUUGUCCCACCCUCGGGACCCUGGCCGUGGCUGGCUGAAGCGGUCCAGGGCUGGGACACCUGGUUUUCUAUGCGACGCCCACAGCUAGAUGCUACGCUGGAGGCUGUGCUGGGUAGCCAUGCCAUGACCUCGCUAUGGGCCAGUGCAGGAAGGCCAAGGCCGGACCCCGAUGUCCUGCAGGACUCUCUGAAGCGACUCCUGACAGAUGUCCUGUCGCGGCCUUUGACCCUGGGCUUCGGGCUCCGGGCCUUGGGGGUGGACGUGAAGAAGGCGGGAGGGAGCACGGUGCACGUCGUUGGUGCUUCCCACGUGGAGACCUUCCUCACUCGCCCCGGGGACUACGAUGAGCUUGGCUACAUGUUUCCUGGACACCGUGGCCUCCGUGUAAUCAUGGUGGGUGUCGACGUCGCUACCGGCUUUUCACAGAGCACCCCCACGUCGCCUGUCAAAGCUGGCAGAGUUCAGCUGAGCGGCCACAGGGGCCUCUACCAUCACUUCUGGGAGGAGCAGGUGGAGACUGGGCGGACGGCCCGUCCAGACCUGGUGGUGGCGUUCCAUCCAGGUUUCCACGCUUCCCCCGACUUGAUGGAGGCUUGGCUGCCCACCCUUCUGCUGCUUCGCGACUAUGAAAUCCCUGCAUUGAUCACCGUUUACAGCCAGCAGGAGUUGGCUGCCUCUCUGCAGAUUCUGGUGGAGCUGGAUGCGCACAUCAUCGCCUAUGGAGCCAACCCCUUCACGUCCCUCAAACCCGAGCAGGUCUAUUCCAACCCCAACAAGCAGCCAGUGUACUGCAGCGCCUACUAUAUCACGUUUCUCGGAAGCUCCUGCCAGCUGGAUAAGAGGCAGUUGGAAGAGAAACUAGAUGGUGAGGAUUAA